AUGAUGGCGAAUGCUAAAGAAUCAAGAAAGACUGUGCUCUAUGUUUGGCUUGACGCUUCUGCUAAUUCAAAUAGUGAUCAUUCCAAAAAAGUAGAAGAACAAUUGAAAGUUAUAUUAGACAACCUUACAACUUUUAAUGCUAUCAAUGAUUGCGAGAAGUUUAUUGAAAUACACAAUAAUCAAAUUAUUUUACUUAUUGUAUCAGGUUCCUAUGGACAAAAAAUUGUACCCGAAAUACACAAUUUAACACAAUUGUUGGUCAUUUAUGUGUAUUGUGGGAAUAUAGAACUACAUAGUCAAUGGGCAAACGAUUAUCCUAAAGUAAGUUUAACAAAAUUAGAAGUAACUGCUUCAAAACUUUCAUUUUUUGAGAAAAAUGUCUGUUUAAGUGUCGGUGGGAACGUUGAAUAUGUGUCAAAUGAUCUUGAUAACAUAGUCGAAAGAAUUUUAUCAAAAUCUAUAUCAAUAUCGAGAAGUUUUCAAUCUUCAUCUUCUACGAAGCAUACAAUUGAUCAAGACGUAAUUUGGUUCCGUCUUUUUAUCCAAAUACUUAUUCGUAUGAAUGAUAGUGAUGAAGCAAAAAAUGAUUUAUUACGAUUGUGGAGAGAGACAGUCAGUAAAGAUUCAUAUAAACUUGAAGCUGCUAAUAAAUUUAAGAAGGAAUUUCAACCAUCACACGCUAUUCAUUGGUACACAAAUGAAUAUGAACUCGAAAGAUUAAUCCAAAUAGCCUGUCAUAAAAUGAAUUACAAUAAUUUAUAUGCACUUCGUUUUAUCAUUAAAUAUAUAUAUUUACAACUGCAAGAAGAACAUCAACAAUAUCGAAGGAAGAUUGACAAACAUGGAAUAAUUGUCUAUCGAGGACAAAGAAUGUCAUAUAAAGAUUUGAAACUUUUCAAAACCAAAAUCGGAGAAAUCGUUCCUGCCCGGGCUCUAUUUGGCACUUCACCAAUGAAAGACAUCGCUCCUCAUAUUGGCAUAUAUGCUGAAAACAAUAGUAAAGAGGUGCCAGUAAUGUUUGAGAUUCUAGUUGAACCAGAAAAAGUUACCUUACCUUACGCUGAUAUUAGUCAUUUCACUGGCUUUAACAAUAACAGUGAACUAUUCUUUAUGAUAGGUACUAUAUUUCAAGUGAAUGACAUACAUUAUUCUGGUAGUGAGAAAAUAUCGAUAAUUAAACUUUCCCUUUGUGGAGAAGAUGAUCCUCGACUUAAAGAUAUGAUUGAUUACAUAAAAUAUGAAAUUAAAGAUACAGCAGAUUUAAUUACGUUAGCUAAUUUUUUCAUUAAAAUUGGAAAAUAUGAUAUGGCAAAAGAAUAUUAUGGAAAAUAUCAAAAUCAACUAUCGAUUGAUCAUUCUAAUAUGAAACAUGUUUGGCAAGGUUUAUCAAAUAUUGCUCAUAUUCAAGGAAAUUAUUUUAUAUCAAUGAAUGAUUAUUCAAGAGCACAUAAAUGUUUCGAUGAACAAAUGAAGAUAUGUCGAAAUUUACCACAUCAUCAUCCACAAGUCGGAAAAUGUUAUGAAAAUAUCGCAAAUUUAUAUGAACUAGAAGGAGAAAAAAAUCUGGCUGUGAAAAAUUAUGAAAAAGCAUAUAAAAUUUUUUCACAAUCACUUCCGGCUUAUCAUCCAGACACAACUAAAGUCGAGCAAUCAAUUGAAACUUUAUCACCUGAAAAAAAAUCAAACCAGCUAACAACAUUAGAAAUGACUGAAAUAUCUGAAGAUAAAUCAGACACAAAUAUAAUCAUUGAAAUGUUUCUCAUCGUUUGGUUAGAUGCAAAUGUUAAUAAAACAAAAGAUAACGAAGAGACGUACAAAGCUCUACGUGCAAGUAUUAAUUACCUUAAAACAUUUGAUAAUAUACAAGAAGGCGAAACUUAUAUUCAAAGUAUUCACCGGGAAAAAAUUAUUUUAAUUAUAUCUGGUGGAUUUGGUAUGGAAAUCGUAGGACGAAUUCAUGAUUUUGAACAAAUUAAUAGUAUUUAUAUUUACUGUGGUGAUAAAGCACUUCAUGAAGAGUGGUCCAAAAAUUACUCAAAGGUACGAGCAGUAAUCACUGAACGGAAACACUUAAUCGAACAAAUCACUAAAGAUCAAAAAAUUCGUAAUAAAACUGAAGAUUCUCUUCCAAUGAGUAUGUUAACUCGUACAGCAGUAGCUAAGGAAACAACAGCGAAAGAUAUUGCAAAAGAAAUGGGUUCAAUUUUAUGGUUUCAAUUAUUAAUCGAUGUUUUGUUACGUAUGAAACAUACCGAUGAUGCUAAAAUAGAAUUAAUAGAAACUUGGUGUAAGAAUUAUAUUGGAAAUUCUUCUGAACUGGAUAUAAUUAAAGAAUUUGAACAAACAUAUGAACGAGAAAAAGCUGUUUGGUGGUACACUCGUGAUUCAUCUCUGUAUCGUAUAUUAAAUAAAGCAUUGAGAGAACAAUCAAUUGAUAUGAUAUUUUCAUUUCGAUUUUUUCUAACUGAAUUAUCAAAACAAGUUUCACAAUUGUAUCAGAAUUCUAUGCAGCAAUUAAAAGCAUCUCAUGCGAUAAGUAAACCGAUUCAUGUUUAUCGUGGACAAGUUAUUGCUAAAGAAGAAUUUGAACAAAUGCAAAAUAGUAUUGGUGGUUUUAUCUCAAUCAAUAGUUUUUUUUCAACAAGCCGAAAUGAAUUGAGAGCACGAAGGUUUGCAAUACAAUCAUCUGUAACCGAAAAACUUCGUCGUAUAUUAUUUAAAAUUGAAAUUGAUCCUCGUUUACCAACAAAACCUUUUGCUGAUAUUGAAGGAAUUAGUUAUUAUCCACGUGAACAAGAAAUUUUAUUUAUGCUUGGAUCAAUAUUUCGUAUUAAUGAUAUUGAGUCUGAUGAAAAGAAUAAAUUAUCAAUAAUAAAUAUGAGUCUUUGUAGUGAAGAUGAUUUUGAAUUAAAAGAAUUAUUUGCAUAUUUAAAAAAAGAUAUUGGAGACGAAGCAUCAAUGAUAACAUUAGGGAAUAUUUUACUUCAAAUGGGUGAAUAUGAUAAAGGUGAAAGAAUAUUUCGACGAAUGAAUCAUCAAGAAGGACUUAUUAAUGUUGCAGAAUUAAAAGGAAAUUUUUAUCUAGCUAUGAAAAAAUAUCAGCAGGCAAUUGUUUAUUGCGAACAAUCGUUAGAACUUCGUCUUAAAUUACUUCCCGAAUCACAUCCAGAUAUUGGUAAAAGUUAUAGUGCAAUUGCAAUGGUCUACGAAUUUUGGAAACAAUAUUCAAAAUCUAUUGAUUAUUAUCAGCAAGCAAUUGAGCAAUAUCAGCGUACAUUGAAAGAUAAUCAUCCAUUGAUCAUACAAAUUAAGAAUAAUUUACAAAAGCUUCAGCAUCGAACAAAACAUUAA